AUGCAUCCCCACAGACGGCAUAUAUCCUUUCAGGCAAUCAAAUCAAUAUUCUCGUCUUCAAAGAGUUCUAAUGAAGUUCUCAAACCCAUCAAAAAAUUGCCCACAGUCUCCGGAGCAGGUCCAUUUGCUGAGCCUGCCACUUUUGACAUAAUAGGGAACCCGAAUGCUCUUUUGAACGUGAAACUACCGUCUUCCACCGUAUUGGACCUGCAAUUCAACAACCAGCAGAACAACAUUGUAGCUGUGAAUGGAGACAUUUCACAAUUGCACACAGAAUUGGGGAAACUCGGGACCCUUACCAACUCCUUUCUGUAUCAAAGGUGUUUCAACAUCAACCCGAUCAGUCUGCUACUAUCCAGUGCCUCUACCAAUGCAAAUUUUUUGUCCUUGAAGACGUCAGAGAAAGAUCAAUGGUCUGUGGUUAACAAAUCGAGUCUCGUCGCUUGGUCUGGCAACGGGUUGACGGUAGAACCUAGUGAGAAGGGCUUGCAGCUCUCAGGAAAGGGAAUCUUCGCUUUGAGCCAUCCAGGAAACUUAUUUGAAAUCAAGUUAUUAGAAGGAGAGUCCAUAUACCUCGCACCUUCUACUAUAGUUGCUUACGACAAUCUAAACCCUUUCAAAUAUCAAUUCAUCAACAACAGAAAGGUGCUCUUGGAUAUUAGCAUCCCUGAGUUUAAUGCUUUUUCAAAACUCAAAGCAUCGAUCAAUACUCAAUGGAAAAAGAUCAAUGCAAAGCUAACUUCUAAGACUGAAGAUGUUGAGCAAGAACUGGUAGUCAAGGAUAGCCCAAAGAGCAUAGAAAGAGCUAAUCAGCUGCUUGGCUAUUUGGCGUCAUUUUACAGAAGAUUCCUCACGAACAAGGCGGACGAGUUGAUGGUAGAGUUCAAAGGUCCUCAAACAUUGAUAGUUUCCAAUGAUCUUAUCAGCAACAGACGGUAUUUCACAGGACAAGAGCUAGAGGAUAUAUUUUCCAAACAGACUAGGUAG